AUGCUCGUGACUAAAAUUCUGUCUGUUGCAGUUGCCAUUAUAGCCACUCUCACCAUAAAUGCUGACGCAAAGUUAUUCCGUACAAAUGCUGAUCUUAAUAUCCGCGAGCAACCAUCUAUAAAAGCCAAGAUUAUCCGUGUUGCUCAAAAAGGUUCUAAUGUCGAUGUUACCUGCCAAACUACUGGUGACACUGUUAAUGGUAAAAACAUUUGGGACAAAUUAGCAGAUGGCUCCUAUUGUUUUGAUGGUUACGUAGAUGGUGCUGUUGGUCUUGCACGCUGCGAUAAUCCUCCUCCUGCUAAUCCUCCAGCUACAUCAGCUAAUAAUGGUAAAAUUAAUGAGGAUGGCUUAAAUAUUAUAAAAGAAUUUGAGGGAUUUAGAAAAAAUUUUUAUAAUGACCCAGCAGGUUUCAGGUCUAUAGGCUAUGGUCAUAAUUGUAAAGCCGAUCCAACUAAUUGUAAUAAUAUUCACGCUCCAAUCACUCCUGCACAAGGAGAAGAUUUACUUAGGAGUGAUGUGGCUCCUAAAGAGGAUUGCGUUAAAAAACUUGCCCCUGCUAAUAUCGAUUCAAACAAAUUCUCUGCUUUAGUUUCUUUUGCUUAUAACCUUGGAUGUCCUUACCUUGGAAGUUCUUCUUUACUUAAGAAACUUAAUGCUGGUGAUAUAAAGGGUGCUGCUAAUGAAUUUGCUUUAUACAACAGAGGUGGUGGUAAAGUGCUUCCUGGUCUAGUAAGACGACGUAAAGCCGAGAGAGAUUUAUUUUGCAAAAGUGGUGGAUGCUAA